AUGGCACAUAUUUCUUCAGAAAUUCAACAUGUUCCUCCAAAAGAUGAAUCAACUGGUUCAGAAACCUCCAUUAGGUCUUCUUUGUAUGAUUAUACACUUACUGGGGCCAAAACCUCCACAAGUUUAAGUGUGCCUUUCAUACAAAAGCUUUAUACCAGCCAGAUAGUCGCUAAUAAAAGUGCCCUAUCUCCGUGUGACUUACCUUCCCCAUCGUCAAUGUCAGUUAGACAAACAGAACAGAUUGUGGUAGAUCAAUCUGCUGUUUUAAAUCAGUUGAGCAUUUUUAAUUGGCACUUACAAAGCAGCUACACUCAAGUAAAUGGCCACCUUGAGGACAUUGCUACUACAACGAUGCCUACUUCUCAGAAUGCCAUCGUUUCUCCAUCACAGAGCAGUUAUUCUGGACUGAUGCUGGAGCCUUCUAAAUUUCCAGUUACCUAUAGAGAUAUGUCAGCCCAUGACAGUCCUUAUCCUAACCAGCAACAGAGAGGCAACUCAUGGUCCUCAAUGCCAAUGACCACUUAUACAUCUGCCUCCUCUCUUUCAAGUCAACUUAUCAACAGUCAUCAUUAUAUGAAAACCAUGCUAAUUAAAACUGACCUAUCAAAUAAGUGUGAAAUUAUGGAGCCUAAUGAAGAUUAA